GUCGCGCUGUUGGCAGCGAGCGAGGUGGAAGAAGCGGCAAGACGGAGAAAGGGGGGGAGAAACCUUCGGAGCUGCCCUCCAGCGGGAGGAGGAGUCUCGGCACCGGCGGCAGCAUGGAGAACUCGCAGCUAUGCAAGCUAUUCAUCGGCGGCCUGAACGUGCAGACUACGGAGGCCGGACUGCGGGAGCACUUCGCGGCCUAUGGUACCCUCACUGACUGCGUGGUCGUGCUCAACCCGCAGACCAAACGUUCUCGCUGCUUCGGCUUCGUCACCUACUCGGCGGUGGAGGAGGCCGACGCCGCCAUGGCCGCCUCCCCUCACGCCGUGGACGGGAACGCGGUGGAGCUGAAGCGGGCCGUGUCCCGGGAGGACUCGGCCAAACCGGGGGCCCACGCUAAGGUGAAGAAGCUCUUUGUGGGCGGCCUUAAAGGGGACGUAGGCGAAGGGGACCUGGUGCAGCACUUCAGCCAGUUCGGCCCCGUGGAGAAGGCCGAGAUCAUCGCCGACAAACAGAGCGGGAAAAAGCGCGGCUUCGGCUUCGUCUAUUUCCAGAAUCACGACGCCGCCGACAAGGCGGCCGUGGUCAAGUUCCACCCGAUCCAGGGCCACCGCGUGGAGGUCAAGAAGGCCGUGCCUAAGGAGGACAUCCAGUCUGGCGGGGGAGGCGGCGGCUCAUCCAGGCCUUCCCGGGGAGGCAGAGGAGGAGGAGGAAGGGGUCGGGGCGGCGGAUCCGGCAACCGGGAUCACAACGGUUUGUCCAAAGGCGGCGGCGGUUACAAUAGCUACGGCGGCUACGGUGGAGGAGGCGGCGGCGGUGGUUACGGCUCCUAUGGCAGCGGCUCCUACGGAGGCGGCGGCGGCGGAGGGGGAGGCGGCGACUACGGCAACGGGUACGGCGGGUUCGGCAGCUACAGCCAGCACCAGUCCUCCUACGGCCCCAUGAAGAGCGGCGGAGGAGGUGGAGGAGGGGGCGGCAACUGGGGGGGCCGCAGUAACAGUGGACCCUACAGAGGAGGCUAUGGUGGGGGAGGCUACGGGGGCGGCUCUUUCUGA